AUGGCCCCUUGUGCGAAGCACGCCGUGGCUACGGUAUACUCGGCUCACGUACGCUCAUACGAUCAGCGGUCUAUUGAAGUGGAGGCGGGCGGAUUUCAACCAGCAAGGUGGUUCUUGGAACAUGGAACUCCAUCGGACGCAAAAGACUCGGAGCCUCCCAAGAAGAGGAGAAAGAGAGACUCGACCCCGGAGGACGAUGACGAGGGUACUCAGUCGCGGCCAGCACAGAGCGAUCUGAUCCCCCUCUUUGAAGCUGCCGUCGACUUCCAUUUCCCGGAGACUUUGCACGCCCGAGCUGCAUCCGAGGAAGCAAUUUUGAACGAUGUUGACUUCGCAGGCGCAGCUAGCGCAGCUGUCUUGCCGUCCAGCAUCUGGUCAACCAACACGGGCACAAGUCUACGCCUCAUCUAUCCGACAAGCAAAGGGCCUGGUCUCACUCUUGAAUGCAGUUCAAUACCGGACGAGGUGGUGGAUAUGCUCCGCACCAUUGCCCCUCCAGAGCAUCUCAUGGCAGGAUCAGCCAGCAAGCGAGCAAAGCAACAUCCCGCGUCUGUCAUCUCGUGCACGCUCACCCGUUCUCGAGGCGACCUGUAUACUGUAAUCCGCUUGCAAACGUCACUGAAGUGGAAAUCUGGUGCGUCUGCGUUCCCCUCUGGCGCUCCAGUAGGGGCGUCUAGGGUGUAUCACGAUUAUGACUGGUUGCUUGAAGCGUACAAGAAUAAUGCGCGGGACUCAUUCGACCACAGCCAGCGAUGGACCCCCCAGGAUUUCUACGAAAGUGUUCAUGUGCCGCCGUUGCACACUUCCACUCAUCAAAUUUUCAAGGGGGUUUUGGGUGUUGAACUGUAUCCCUUCCAAAAGCGAGCAGUCUCUUGGAUGUUGAAUAGGGAGGGCGUGCAAUCGUCACAAGCAAUCGGCACACGACCGCCAAAGAAUUGCCAUUCUGCCGACUUUUACGAGAGCGUGGAGGACUUGGAGGGCAAAGAGUGCUUUGUCAAUCACCUGCAGGGCAUUGUGACCCGCACGCCGCCAGAAGUCGGAGCUUGCUAUUUGUCCGGAGGUUUGUUGGCGGAAGAGAUGGGUCUAGGCAAGACUGUGGAGCUCAUGUCUCUCGUCUCGCUACAUCAGCGUUCACAGGAACCUGCUGGCCAGAUUUUCGACGAGUUUUCUGGUAUCAAAGUCACCAGAUCGAAAGCGACGCUAAUUAUUACGCCUCCAUCGAUUCUGCAGCAGUGGCAAUCCGAGUUGAGCCGACAUGCGCCGCAACUCGCUGUACAUCACUACCGGGGUAUUACUUCCGCAAAUAAGAAAGCGCCACCGGAGGAAGAAGUGAUCCAAGAUCUUGCGACGAAUUACGACGUUGUUCUGACUACCUAUGCUACACUGGCUCGAGAAGUACACUUCGCAGAAGAAGAACCAGAUCGCAGCCGUCGCCGCGCCCGUAGGUUCGAGCGCAAGCGAAGCCCUCUAGUGCAGCUUGAGUGGUGGCGAGUGUGUUUAGAUGAGGCGCAAAUGGUUGAAAGUGGCGUUACCGCCGCCGCAAGAGUUGCAUGCAGGUUGCCCAGAGUGCACAGCUGGGCGGUAUCAGGCACUCCCCUUCGCAAGAACGUGGAAGAUUUGCAUGGACUGCUGAUAUUCCUACGAUACACUCCGUUCAGCGAACAGCCAAAGCUCUGGUCGCACCUGAUUACAAACCAUCGGCAUCUCUUCAAGCAGGUCUUCAACAAAAUCGCGCUGCGGCAUACCAAAGCAUUGAUUCGGAAUGAGUUGAGCUUGCCAUCUCAGAAGCGUGUUGUUGUGACUGUACCCUUUUCAGUCGUCGAACAGCAAAACUACGCCACUCUUUUCGAACAAAUGUGCAAGGAAGUGGGGUUGAGCGGAACUGGAGCUCCAUUGAACGAAGAAUGGGAUCCGGAUAACCCUAGCACGGUGGACGGCAUGCGAAAGUGGCUCGUUCGCCUUAGGCAGACUUGCUUGCACCCUCAAGUUGGUGGACGCAAUCGCAAAGCUCUCGGACGUGGCGUCAAGCCUCUGCGUACUGUUUCGGAAGUACUCGAAGUUAUGAUCGAGCAGAACGAGACUGAUAUCCGUACAGAGGAACGAGCCUUGAUCUCUGCGUCUCUCUACAGAGCUCAUAUUUUGGGUAACAAUGGCAGCGAUGAGCGACGUAGUGAGAAGGCCAUGGCAAUCUACGAAGAAGCCAUGAAGACUACAGGAGAAAUGGUCGAGCAAGCUCGUGGCAAGCUCGCAGCUGCAAAGGCUGCUAACCCCUAUAAGCAGGAGGAAUCCCCAAUGGAUGGAGAUGAAGCAGAUGACGAACUGGCGGCCGACUCGACUUCUGUUCUGGGCCGUCUCCGGACUAGUCUGCGGAUAGCGCUUCAACACCACCACGCCUGCACGUUCUUUGCAGCUACAUCCUACUUCCAAAUCAAAACAAACGAGUCCAUAACCACUGCUGGUUCGGAUCGAUUCGCAGAAAUGGAGGCAAAAGAAACGGAGCUUUACGAGACAGCAAAGGCUUUUCGAAAAGAGAUUUUGAAAGACACUGUUCGCAAGGCGGAGCCGCCGAUGUUGCAAAUUCGGACUCUCGCACGUAGUGAUACUUUCACGAAAUUACCAACCGUCAAGGAACUGCAAAAUCUGGGAGGCAUCGAAAGCAGGCGCAUUGUAGAAAAGAGCCGUGAGCUUUUCAAUGUAAUUCGUCAAGUGCUAGAGCUCAUUGAAGAGUGGCGCGCGAAGAUAGCCGAAUUCCUAGCCAAAGCUCUGGUUGAUGAGGAGGCAGAAGGUAAUGAGACUACCGGAGACGAGUACGAAGAUUCUACCAAACAGCAAGACGAGAUGUACGUCUACUUCGACAUGUUCAAAGCAGCGCACGCCGAUCUGAACAGUCUUGUCACUGGAGAAACGGCACCCCUGGUGGACCACGAAAUGAAGGUGCAGGUGAGGCUUGCCAAGAAGUUUCUCGACCCGGAAGUGCUUGAGGAUGAAAAGACGUCUGUACAUGCACCUGAGCUGGCUUUGAAAUUGGCCGAUUUGCGCAACAAGUUACGCAAACGCCAUGAGCAGGUAGGCUCAGUGAGAGGUCUGAUUCAGGAAGCUCGGGCGCUGGAUUCUUCGUUUCUAGGGGUGUCUUCUCGGGCUGCUGAGAAAACCAUAGCGCAGCGAUACCUCGUUGCACUGCAGACUGUCUUCUCGAUGCAUAGCAAGGCUCUUCAUGGUUUGGAGAAGGAGGUUGAUCUCUUCCGCACAGCGCAAAAUCUACGCGUCGAAUUCUAUCGCCAACUGCAAGAGCUUUCUGACACGGUUGCUCCCCUUAAGGAUGAAUUGGAUCCUCAGCUGGACCAGGCUUCUCUUGAUAUCGCCUUGGAACGAGAGGAAGAAGCGUCCAAGUUCCUUGCACAGCUCAAGACGAAGAAUCGUUUCCUCACUCAUAUUCGAGACAACGACCAGGCCGGGCCAAAGAUAUGCAUCAUCUGCACCUCUGCUUUCGAACGAGGGGUUCUGACCGUGUGUGGUCAUCAAUUUUGCAAAGAGUGCAUUGAUUUGUGGUUUAAGCAAGCCCAUUCGUGCCCGAUGUGCAAGCGCCGUCUCACUAAGAAUGACAUUCACGACAUCACUUUUAGGCCUCAAGAACUACGAGCGCAAGAAGAGGCGCAGACCGGCGAGUCUUCAGCAUCGCGCGACGCGAGCUCUGUCUCACCUUCCGACCCAUCAACUUCGAAUAGUUCUUCACUAUACACUGAUGUGGACACCGCUGUCAUGGAGGAAAUCAAGUCUAUCGAGCUGCCAUCAUCUUAUGGCACGAAGAUCGACACGCUUGCUCGCCACCUGCAUUGGAUUCGUGAUCACGACCCAGGCGCGAAGUCAAUUGUCUUCUCCCAGUACAAAGACUUUUUGGAUGUGCUCGCGGGCGCUUUCAAGGCGUUCAAGAUUGGCCACGUAAGACUAGGACGGACGGGGGCGGCGGACAAGUUCAAGUCCGAUCCAUCUAUUGACUGUCUCCUGCUUGACGCCAAGACCGACUCUUCAGGCCUGACGCUUGUGAACGCCACCCAUGUGUUCAUCUGCGAACCUCUGAUCCAGACUGCAGUGGAAUUGCAAGCCAUUGCGCGUGUACACCGGAUCGGCCAAACACGUCCUACUACCGUCUGGAUGUACCUCAUUAACGACACUGUUGAAGAAGCUAUCUAUGAGAUAUCUGUUGCUCGUCGUCUCGCGCAUGUCCAGGCGCGCCAGAGUUCAAAGCGUAGCGAGAAGUCCCGGUCCUCAACACCUGCCCCACUGCAGGAACACGCCAUCGAUGCCGCCAAUUCGGAAAAGCUGCAGUCGGCACCGUUGACCAAGCUCUUGGCGGCUGGGAAAGCGGGCGGAGAGUUGGUCGAUAAGGACGAUCUAUGGCAGUGUUUGUUUGGCAAAGUGCAAGAGACGCCGGCGCCGAGGAAUGCUGCAGCAGAGCGCGAAGUCGGUCGACAUUUGAGAAUGGAGGCUGCUGAGCGGCGUGGAGCAGAGGCUGGCGCAUCUGGAGAGGGAUUGAACGAAUGA